GAGCCUCGCAAGAUUUGGACGAUUUGUUUGCAGAUCUAAAUGUAAAGACAGCAAAGCCCUCUCAUGAGCGCCGUUCAUUAAUACAGGCACGAGUUUCGUCUUUUGCUGAUCAGACGAAUACGCGUUGGCACCCUGAAAACCAACGAAUGGUAAAUUCGAUGUCUAGUAUCUCCUCGGCAUCUGAAAGACUCUCGGAAAUUUCAUUGAAAUCCAAUGAUGCACUUUCUACCAGCUCAACGUCUUCAAUGACAUCCACAUCAGCUUUUGGCUUUAUCGGAAAUAGUGUUCCAAAUAAUGGAAAAUCAAACCAAUCGUUCCAAUCACAGUCACAACGUCCAUCUUCCAUUUUGAAAGCGAACCGCAUGUCCAAGGCUAACAAAGUUUCACUUGAAGAACUUGGAAUUAAUACAGAUCGUACCGUCACAACACCUUUAUGGAAAUCAAUGAAAACAUUAGAAACAGAUCAAGCAAAUGCUCUAACAAAUGAAGAUUAUAUUCAAGCGGAUAAACUUACUCAUGAUAUACAAGAAUUAAAUAGUAAAAUCCAAACUUUUUGUGGGGUGUUACCUGGAAUAGAACAGACUUUAAAUGAAUUGAGGGAAAAGCAAGUUAAAUAUUUAAAAAGUCAAGCAGAAAUAAGCAAGACAUUGGAAAAAGAAUUUAUAAAAAAAAAGAAAGAAGAAGAGGAGGCCUUUAAGCAAUACGCUGCAGAUAUGGAGAAUCUACAUAAUAUUGAAACAAAAAAAAUUAAUGAAAUGCGAAAAGAAAUUGAUAAAGAGAAUAGUGAAAUCGUCUUCGGAUUAGACAUCUGGAAUAAAGGUGUUGCUGAUUUGAAUGAAAGAAUAGAAGAACGUGUUCGCGAUGAAAAGUUGGAACGUGAAUCUCUAUUAAAGAAGCGUGAGAAUGUUCAAACUCAAAUAGCCGAGCUUUUACAACGUCUUGAAAAACUUAGGGCCGAAGAAGAAAGUUAUACAAGGCAAAUCACAGAUAUUGAUUUACAAAUUGAAAGUAUUACUACCGAAUUUCACGUGGAACGGGAUGAAAAUACUCGAGAAAAAAAUGAUUUAGAUAGAAGAAGGCAUGAAAUUGAUAAUAAGACGAGGCAUGUAGAAGAAGUGGAGACAAAUUUACAUCAAAGACUUGAAAAUUAUCGCAAGAGACAAGAAACGUCACAAGAGCAAUUGGAAUCAUUAGAACAACGCAUUGGUGAAAUUAAAUUGACGGCUAAGGUAUAUCGUGAAGAAUCUGCCGAGGUUGAAAAACUGAUAGAACAUUUAAAAGAUCGUAAUCAGAGAGAUAACGAUUGUGAAAAAGAAAUUUUCGAUAUACGACUACAAAUGGAAGAAAGUGAUACGGAAGUUAAGCGAUUAACCUCAAAAGUGAUGCACGAUCAACAAACUUAUUCAACCAUUAAACAGGAUAUAUCGACGAUAGAUACCCAAAUACCAGCGUUAGAAGAACAAAAAAAGCUGGCGGUCGCAGGGCGAGACUUCAAAUCUGCAGGACGUUUAGCCAAUAGAAUAAAAGAUCUUCAAUCGACGCGCGAUGAGCGAACAAAAUUUCUAGAAACGAAACGUGCAAGUUUAGAACGUGAUCAAGAAAGUCUGAAAGCAUCAAGAAAAAUAUUAGAAGAAAAUACAACAAAAUUUGCCGAAGCAGUGAAAAGAAUUGGGUCGGAACUGGGAGAAGAAUUGCAGGAAUCUCUUCUUCAAUUACGGUCAAGAUAUGAUGUAGCUACUCAGCAAAAACUGAAUACUUUGCAAAGUUUACUGCAGAAUGAAAUACAAGGAAUGGAAUAUCGCAUAAAUCACGUGCGAGUGAGAUAUGGUAUAGCGACAGAAGAGGAUCCUUAA